AUGUUGCAGUUACGUCUGGCGGCGACCCUACGAGACCAUUUUCUCCCUACUACCUGGCUGCACGUCCUCUUUGCGAUUCCAUUGUUGGUCGGGGCAGCCUGUCUCUUCACAUGGCUGGUCACGACGAUCCAGUUCCGGCGGACCGUGGCGCAGAUCAGGUCGCGCAGCCUCGCCGCCUCUGCAACGGCAACUGCAAACGUGAAGCCUAUCGCUCCGCCGGUUCUGCCAUACGUCGUGCCCUGGCUCGGAAGCGCUCUGGCCUUUCUUAACGAGAACCCCGGUUCGUUCUGGACGAUGCUGCGCAGCAAACUGGCCGAGACGGGAGCCAGUAUUCCGGUCUGCACCAUCCUCCUGGGCGGGCAGAAAGCCCACGUGGUCAGCUCGGCGGCGGCGGUGCAGGCUCUGUUCAAGAGCAAACAUGUCUCAAGAGACAUCUUCAAUCAUCAGCUGGCGACCAAGGCUCUCGGCUCAUCGCAACGUGACGCCGAGAUCAUGUUCCCACCCACCAUCACCGACACGACGCACGACCAGCGAGACAAGGACAAGGCCGACAAAGCCGACACCAUGGAAGCACUCAAUCACGAGUUUCUGCUCAAUCAGUCGGCAGUCAAUGCUCUGACCAAGAGCUUCUUCGAUUGCUUGCAGCGCGAAUUCGACCGCGCAGAGUUCGAUCAUGAAUGGAAAUCGGUCCAUCUGUUCACUUGGCUCAAGAGGGUCAUGUUUAACGUCGCCACCACCGCCGUCCUGGGAAGUACAAUCUUGAAGCUGAACCCCAACCUCGCCGAGCAGUUCUGGGACUAUGAGGCCGGGCUUUUGGCCAGGUUCUAUGGCGUGCCGAGAUUGGUCAAACCCGAAGCAUAUGCCUGCCUGGACGUCAUGCUCGACAAGACACAGGAAUGGCUGGAACUCGGUCGCGAUCAGGCCGACUUCAAUCCCGCAGACGACCCGGAGUGGGAACCGUUGUUCGGAUCCAAGGUCGUCAGAGCAAGGCAUCGACUCUAUGAGAGGAUGGGUUUGACAGCGAGAGGGAAGGCGGCCUUCGACCUGGGAUUCUUGUUUGGUUUACAAUCGAACGCGGUCCCCAUCACUUGUUGGCUCCUAGCUCACCUCUUCUCGCCCAUGACUCCCGCCCAUGUUCUCCCCAAGAUCCAAACAGAGAUCAAGGCUGCACAAAGGCCGAACGGCGAGAUAGACAUUGCAAUUCUAUCCUCUCAGCCUCUCCUUAACUCGGCCUUGCACGAGACCAUGAGGCAAUACGUUGAUUCUCUAGUCACUCGUCAGCUAAACAAGGACAUGAUCAUCGAUGGAUAUCUGUUGAAAAAGAAUGAUUUGAUCAUGGCCCCCAGUUCUCUAAGCCAGCAUGAUCCUACAUUUUGGGAACAAGAAGAUGCCCCGUCUGCUGAUAGCUGGUACGCCGAAAGGUUUCUAAAGCACGAUGACCAAACCGGUCGAGACUAUUUCAGUACUUCGUGGACGGCGGGAAAAUUCUUCCCUUUCGGAGGCGGGACUCAGGUAUGCCCUGGUCGCGUCUUUGCCAAACAAGAGAUCCUGGGGGCACUAGCAGCAAUCUUGUCGAGAUUUGACAUCAAGUUCGUGGAGUUUGCGGGCACCGACAAGAAUGCAAAUCUGGUCGGUUUGGGGAAAGGCGCGUCGGGAUUUCCAAAAGUGAAGCGACAGUACGCGGGCAACGGAACAUUGAAGAUGGACGGAGACAUCUGCGUGCAGAUUAGAAGGAAGUGA